AUUGGAAAUACUGCGCGAGAGAAGGAAGCGCCCGCGAACAAGACGGUUCCAAUCGUUCGGCGGUCGAAGAACAAAGCGCCUGCGAACAGGAGUCGAAGAGGAGUUUGGCCGAUCCGAUUUCGCGAGGAAGGGAUCUUUAUCAUCUCGAAAUCCGGAGAUUUUAUUUGUGAAUCACGUCGAAGAAGGAAACCUAGGAGUUGAAGAUCCCGGAGAGAUUCGGUUCUCUCCUGAUCUGCAGUUCCAUGGCGCUUCGGAGCCCGAAGCUGUUUCUCGUCUUGUUCGCUCUUUCCUAUGCCGUCAUCGCCCUUGCCGGGAAGAGCUACUACGAUGUACUGCAAGUGCCGAGAGGUGCAUCCGAUGAACAGAUCAAGAGAGCUUACAGGAAGCUAGCCUUGAAGUACCAUCCGGAUAAGAAUCAAGGAAAUGAGGAAGCAAAUCGUAAAUUCGCCGAGAUCAACAAUGCCUAUGAGGUACUAUCGGAUAGCGAGAAGAGGGAGAUAUAUAAUAAGUAUGGAGAAGAGGGGCUUAAGCAGUUUGCUGCUAAUGGAGGCAGAGGUGGGGGAACGGGUGGCAUCAACAUCGAGGACAUAUUUGGCCAGUUCUUUGGUGGAGGUUCGAUGGAGGAAGAAGAGAAGAUUGUUAAAGGUGAUGACGUGAUUGUUGAACUCGAGGCUUCUCUUGAAGACUUAUACAUGGGAGGCUCUGUAAAGGUUUGGAGAGAGAAAAAUGUCUUAAAACCAGCCCCAGGAAAGAGAAAGUGUAACUGCAGGAAUGAGAUUUAUCACAGACAAAUUGGUCCUGGAAUGUUCCAACAGAUGACAGAGAAGGUCUGUGAACAAUGCCCGAAUGUCAAGCAUGAACGGGAGGGAUACUUUGUCACUGUUGAUAUAGAGAAAGGAAUGCAAGAUGGACAAGAAGUGGCGUUCUAUGAAGAUGGCGAACCCAAAAUAGACGGUGAACCUGGUGACCUUAAGUUCCGGAUCCACACAGCACCUCAUGACCGGUUCCGAAGGGAUGGCAACGAUCUACACAUGACGGUGAACAUAUCGCUGGUGGAAGCCCUCGUUGGUUUCCAGAAAUCCAUCAAACACCUCGAUGAUCGUGACGUUGACAUCAGUUCAAAGGGAAUAACAAAACCGAAAGAGGUAAGGAAGAUAGAGGGGGAAGGAAUGCCUGUUUACUACAGCAACAAGAAAGGAGACCUGUAUGUGACCUUUGAGGUUAUAUUCCCCUCCUCUCUGUCUGACGAUCAAAAGAAGAAGAUCAAGGAAGUUCUCUCCUAAACACAGAGACCCACAAGUGACUUUGGAUUUUCCCCCCCUCUCUUUUCCAUUUGGGUUUCUUAUUUUUACAUUUCUCUCAGCGUUUCGGGUGAAAGUUUGUAUUUUUUUUCCCACUGUAACCAUGAGUAGGCAAGAGUAAUAUAGGAAGGAAGAAACAGAGUAGUAGAAGCCUCAGGCUUCGGAACAUGGUUUUCCCUGAUCGUUCCAUGACCAUUAUUAGUACAAUCUCUGUUACGAUA